UAGUGUCCGUUCAAAGGAGUUUUCCCUGUUCACUGAAUUUCGUUCAUGUUAACAAUAGGCUAUUUUUUUUUCUGAGUGGUUACAGUGUCUAAAAGAGAAAGAGGCAGUCUGCUGUCAUGUAUUCAGUGUCUGGCGUACAUUUGGGGGAGGGGGCUCACUGGAAAACAAGGAUGUGAAUUCAUAACGCUGCGAACCAGGAAGACGGACACCAUGCAUCCAGCAAACUUCAGUUUCGGUGUGUGAACAGUAUCUGCGCUUUCUCUUUGAAUUAAAGUAAUGGAUUAAACUGUUAAAACCGAAAAUAUUAAACGCGGACUACACCCCCCUCCCUUUAAACAAAGGUCAAAGUUCACAGGAAGCUGGGGGGCUGCCAUUUUUCCCCCUGCUAACAUGUUAGAUGCUAAAAAGGCGAGGAGUGGUGGUCGCUGCUGAGUGCUUCUGUUUAUUGGGUGUUUGCCAUCCGUUUGUGUUCGUCUACCUCUUCCGUCGUAUGCGUUAGGCUCGGUUGUUGAAUGAAGGCGGCAUGGAGAGGACAGAACAGCCGUGGAAUUCCUCCUACACGUACCAGGUGAGCAAACACAGCGCCGAGAUGCUACACAACCUCAACAGCCAGAGAAAAGAUGGAGGCAGGUUUUGUGAUGUUAUCUUGCGCGUCGGAGAGGAGAGCUUCCCCGCGCACAAAGCGGUGUUGGCCGCGUGCAGCGAGUAUUUCGAGUCGGUGUUCAGCUGUCAGACGGAAGACGAGGGCCAAGGUAAGGAGCUGGAGAUGCACACGAUCAGCCCCAAAGUUUUCCGAGACAUCCUGGACUUCGCGUACACCUCCAAGAUCGUGGUGCGCCUGGAGUGCUUCCCGGAGCUGAUGACCGCGGCGAAGUUUCUGCUCAUGCGAUCUGUCAUCGAGAUCUGUCAGGAGGUCAUCAAACAAUCCAACGUGCAGAUCCUCGUGCCUCCGUCUCGAGGAGGCGAGCACAGCCUGUUCAGGGCCGCGGAGCAGCUGUCAUACCCCCUGCCCGUGGACAUGUCAAACGGGAGCGUGUCCAACGGCGCCGUGUUUACCGACAACAAUGACAGCGACAGUGCCGAUCCGACGCAGCCGAGAAACAGCUCGCAGCCGGCCGCUCCCGGCGCACAAGCGGCCGAUCACUUAGCGGUUUCCCCGUUGGAGUUUCCCAGCAGCCACCUCAACAGCGACGGCUCCAAGCGAGGCAGAGGGAGACCUAAAAAAGAGCCCACAACAGUGCCGAUCUCCUACAAUAAUAGCGCUGCUCAAAACGAAGACGAGGGCAUUUUCUCGUGCGGGGUUUGUGGCAAGAUUUUUCCCGACGACGUGCAGUUGAGAAACCACGAGACUCAGCACGGGACGUUCACCGGCGGUGUGAGCUCCGGAGCGGAGCUGGUUGCAGUGGACGGACCGACGAUGAUCACUCAUUCCCAGGCGAGGUUUCAGGAAAACGGACUGCCGACGGACAACCGUAAACGCGAGAGGACGAGACGACACGUCGCGUGUGAUCUAUGCGGGAAGGUCUUCCGAGACGUCUACCAUCUGAACCGGCACAAGCUGUCACAUUCGGGCGAGAAACCGUAUGCGUGCCCGGUGUGCGGGCUGCGCUUCAAACGCAAGGAUAGGAUGUCUUACCAUGUGCGGUCUCACGACGGCUCGGUGGGUAAGCCCUAUGUCUGUCAAAGCUGCGGGAAGGGUUUCUCCAGGCCAGACCAUCUGAAUGGGCAUAUUAAACAGGUGCACACCACAGAGAGACCUCACAAGUGUCAGAUUUGCAACGCAUCCUUCGCAACACGAGAUCGCCUGAGGUCGCACCUGGCAUGCCAUGAAGAUAAGAUACCAUGUCAAGUGUGUGGGAAAUUCCUCCGGGCUGCCUACAUGACCGACCACUUGAAAAAACACAGUGAAGGACCUCAUAACUUCUGUGGAAUAUGCAACAAAGGUUUUUCUACUGCCUCCUACUUAAAGGUGCACGUAAAAACGCACCACAGCUCGUCCAUGCUCCCUUCCUCUGCAGCACAUCAGUUCCCUGAACCACGCACCAACAGACCACAGAUGCACAACGGCGCCCCCUACCACUCAGGACGCCAGUGCGCAGUGGAAGACCUUUGCACCAGUCGCCGACUCCUGGUUACCUUUCCUGAGACAGAGGGGUCUUUUCGGGGGCUAACUGGGCCAGUUCUACCCCAGCCUGUGCCUCCGGCCCUGGGCCUGCAGCCUGAGCUGCUCCUGGGCAAGCCAGGUCCAACUCCCUAUUUCUGGGAGUGCCGCUCUUCUGGAGCACCAGGGUUUCCACUUCAUGGGCCUCUUACAGACGGGCAGGAGAAUGCUGGGAAAUGCCCCCAUCAGGAUUCUGAUGGAUCGGAUGCAGUUUUUGGUGACCUCUCCAAUGGAACGGACCUCAAGGCUGAACACAAAGUUGAGGGAGAAGAAAUGGAGGUGACAUCUUUCAUCUUCAACGGCCAACCUGAAGACGCAGUAACCUCGCCAGGGGGAUCCAAAGACAUUCAAAAAACAGACCACGAAAAGAAGUUUGCCUGCGGCGAAUGCGGCCAGACCUUCCGCACAAAGUCUUACCUCAACAAGCACCAUCACCGGGUUCAUAAGAAACGCGCUGCAGCCAGCUCCGGUCUCGGUGAUCUCGGCUCACCCUUUUCCCCCCAACAGAAUAUGUCACUUCUCGAAUCCUUUGGCUUUCAGAUCGUCCAAUCAGCCUUUGCCUCUUCACUAGUGGACUCUGAGAUGGGCAGCAGUGGAAUGGGUUUAGGGGAGAAAUGACCCCUUUGAAAUGCAAACAUUUCUUAUAACCUUAUUGGACAACCAAACUUUUGAUAACUGCGAGUUUAGUCUGUUGUUUCAUUCUCCUUGACGCCAUAUGUAGACUACUUUUGUUUUGCCUUUUUUUGUUUGUUUUGCGUUUCUUACUGUUAUGUUUGUUAUUGUUUUGACUUUGCCAUCAUGGAUGCCAUUUUGAUUCCAUCUUGGUGUGAAGCAGCUAAUCUGUUUAUUCCACUUUUGACAAAUCCUCAAUUUCAUAGGUCUAUCCUGAAAAAAAAAAAAAUUCUUACUUUUAACAUGUAUGUUUAUCACGUGUGUCUUUCUGCGCUCCAGAUGGGUGGAUUGAGGAUUAUUUUUGCUUUAAAAGACAAACCGAUGCCCUAAACAUUUUCAGAAUGUACCUCUAGGUUAUUUGUGUCCAGACUAAAGUUUUUACAAUCAGAAAACAUUGAGAUGGAGUCAUUUGUGCAACUGUUGUGCAAACCUACAGCAACUAGUUAUAAAACUUAAAUGUUUUAGUCUUUUCCUCAAUGAAUUACUUUGGCAAAUAUUUAAAUGGAUUUCUUUUUUUUUUUUUUUUGUGGUUUGUUUCUUUAUCAUUGAUUGUGCGGAGACUGAUUGUUUGGGGUCACAAAAAGUAUGUCAGUUUUUAUUGUCCAACAGGGACCAAUUUCAGGUUUCACUGUAAGAUAUAGCAAGAAGCAAAGAAUAUAUUUUAUUAACUUAUUGAUACCGGUGUCCAAGUCUCCUUUACAAAAAGGUAUAUAUUGAGUUUUGUUGUAACGUGCUAUUUUCUUCUUGAAUCAUGCAGCCGACAGGAGGACAGCAUGAGAGUGAUGACGAAUGUGUGAGUACAUGUGUGAAUGCUGCAGUCUCUCCAAUGUCCUUUAUCUCUAGAAUGUAAUAUAAACAGAGGGCUUUCUAAUCUUUUUUUAAUAUAUCAAGAGUUUUUCUUAGUUGUUCAGUACAUUCCUUCUUAACUUAAAGUCAUAUACACGAUGUGUAACAUUCAUAUAUAUAUAUAUAUAUACAACAAAUAUGUAUAUAUGUAUGGCCAAUUAUGUUAGUUUAUGAGAACAUAAACUUGUAUAUAAGAAUUUUCCUUGGCCUUGUUGAAUGAAUGGAUUUUUUUCUUUUCCAUUUUGGAAGAGUAUGUUUUAAGAGAAUUGUUUUACGUUGAUACUGACAAAUCCAUACCUUUGUUGUGUCUUUAUUAUUAUGCAAGUAAUUGGGUGUGUGUUUGCCUGUUCCUCUUACUCUAAAUGCAGUGUUAAUGCUGGUUACCUUUCCUAUUAUUUUACCCUGCAGGUUAUUAGUAUAAUGUACCGUGAACUUAUUUGGAGUAUUUGGAAUGGCAGUUUGUAUAAUGUUGCAGAGGUGUUGCAAGCGGUCACUCAUGAUUUAUGCUAUCAAUGACAUAAUGUACACAAUUUUUUUUUUUUUUUUUUUUUUUUUUUCAUUGUCAUGUGUAGUUGUUCAAUCUGAAGCAGACUGAUCUGAGCAUCGGAAAACCUGCAGGUCCUUGCAGAUCAUUGCUAAUAUUAGAUCAUAAAGUCUGUUAAUUGAUUUGGAAUUUUAAGUUUCUAAUAGUAACAAUCAUUGUCUGCCCAAUUAGUGUGAUCUGAAUAUUUGCAGCCCUUAUUUAUUUACAAAUUUGAAGUUGUAGGAAAUUGUUCAGUUAUUUUUUAUUGUUGUUAUUUGUUCGUCUUGUAUGGUGUUCUGGCUUAUUACAUCACUGGAAACAUUUUUUGUUUGUUUUCUUGCUUGUGUAUUUGUAUAUUUGUAUGUUGCAAAGUGCCUUCCCAGUACUGAUUGUGAACAGCGAUGGGUAGGAAAAAUCUGUCAUUUAAAGGACCUAUCUUAUAAAAACCAUAUACAAACAGAGUUGCAUUGACACUUUUGUAUAAAGACAUGCACAUAGAAAAGUGUACAUUUGUACAUGUUUGGUAUUCUACCCUUUUGUUUUCUGACAAAUUGUUGUUUCUCUGCAAUUUAUGUCACAACGUUGAUCAAUUUUUGGACAUUUGGAUAUAAGCAUACUUUUCUAUUGAUGUUUGUUUUUGUACACUGUUUUUGUGUCUCUGUCUAUUUGGUACAGAGAUGGGUAUAAAAUAAAAUUGUAUUUGAGAAUUUU